UAUACAUAAAUGGACGGCGUGUUAGUAAACAGCGUUUUCGCUGCAUUGCUACUCUGGCUGGCUCGUAGUAGCGGAGAUGAAUAUCCCAAUGUUAAAAUAUUCAUUGCUUUAAAUGUCACUGUAACAAGAGGAUACUGCUACUACAACAAUCGGCUUUUCAACAGCACACUGUAUUCGAAGGAUCUCUGCGCUCAAAUGACCUGUAUGGCCAGGCAGAAGGAAGUAGAAGUGGUGGAAUGCUCACCUCUGGAGACAGGAUGCCAGUGGAAAAAACCAGGGGAAGAAUUUCCUCAAUGCUGUGAACGAGUGUGCCCUGAACCUCGAAAUGCUCGCCAGGCGAAAACUAAGGAUGCGGCUCCUUCUGAGAAUAACAUAAACCCUACCUAGUUUUCUCCCGAAUGAAAUAAAAUCGACAGCACGCCUCCACGAGGCCAGAAUUUUCGCGAAGUUCAUGUCUCACCGACAUCAAUAAAUCUCUCGUAAGCCUGAGUCAUCGCCGCGGAUGCUGUCACACAAGCUUUCGUGUCAAACUUCAUAAAGGAAAUUCUAGGUUCCAGCUAGGACGACAUCGUGCGCAUCCCAAAGACUUCUUAAGAAGGCGGUAGGGCCCG